UGUUUGAGUGACUGUUAAAACCGUCUCUAAAUGUACGACUUAUAUUUUUCAAAAUGUCAGUGUCACGUCAUGCAAAUCUGUAAUCUGUCAUCUGUUCUGUCUGUCAGUGUGACAAAGGUUUUGAUAACAUUGAAUCGGGUUUAUGUGUGUAAAAUUCUUGCAUUUAUAUUGAAAAAGAUAACAUUCAUAAUGUUUACUCUACACAACCAACUGGAGUUAAGAAGAGUGACAAUAUCUAGUCUAAUAACAUGCAUCUACUUACCGAGCAUAGUUACAGUGAUUUCAUACAAGGGCUUACUUUAUUCCGUGGGAAACGGAUCUUCAUUCUACAUUUUGGUCCUCAUUUUCGUCGCUGAAUUACUUAAAUCAUUCUACCUAAACUCAACUAACGAUAUCUUAGCGAAGAAACCUAAAGUGAGCAAGAAUAGAGCGGGCGAUAUGCUGAAAGGAUUUGGCUUCCUUUUAGGGGUUAUGUUCUGUUUUUUCAUUGGAAUAAUUUUAUUUGGAGCUCCAGUGUUGGAUUGUCAUGAAGAGACGCUGAUGUUGUCGAGCUUGCUGACGCUUUUGACGGUGUUUCCGUUGGUCGCGCACACUGGAGUGGAAACAUCAAUGCAGUUGUUGUUUGGAGUGAAGAACUUCGCAAAAGACAGCGUGUUGGAGAUGUUGGUGAACAACGCGCUGCUGACGGUGUGCGGCGCGUGGCUGGGCGCGGUGGUGAUACCUCUGGAUUGGAACACGCCGUGGCAGGUGUGGCCCAUCCCCUGCUACCUGGGGGCUAUUGGGGGUUACCUGCUCUCAAAUGUUCUCAAUGUCUUGAAAGUCGCAUUACUGAGUGCUGCGCAAAAAUACCCAACGCUGAAUUUUCUUGUAAAUAUUUUAAACAAAGUUCAUUUGAAGUAAAGGUUGUGUUAUUGUUUUUUAUAUUUGAUAUAAGAUGAUAUAAUUUCUAAAACAGUAUUACAGAUGUAGCAUUUAAUAAUUUCAAGUAAGUUUUAUGGACUUUACUCCUGAGUUUUAACUAGCCAAACCAAACUGAGGUACCUUGUUCCUUGUUUAUUUGUAUUUAUGCCAAAGACUACCCGUGGAAUAAAUACAAAAAUUCAAUGCAAGUCUUGUAUAAAUCACUUUCACACCUACUUGUUAUUAGGGAGUUGAAGCUUGCAGCAGCAGGUUGUACUAAGUAUAUCCACCAAAUGUACUAUAUAGAUGAGGAAAAAGCAUAGGAAAUAGUUAAUAGUAAUGUACUUAUUUAUAAGCAUCUGUCAAUGCCAUACCUGGUAUCAUGUAUUGAAACAAUUGUUACUGGAAGAAGUGAUAUAUGAACAUGCACAUAAGCAAUUAUAAUUAAAUAAAUAAAUUUGGUUAUCCCAAAGGACUCAGUGUCAAAAAACUGUGCCAUGUUCAAUAACUGUAACAGUUGGUAUUAACAACUCAUGAUAUUUUAUUAUUAUUUAUUUAUUGUUCAGAACACAUACAUAAAAAUAUAGAUAUUACUUACAAAAAAAGUAUAAAAACAGAUCUGGAGGUUCAUAUAUGUAAACGUCAAAUGAUACAGAAGCGUUUUUGCUAAGAGGAAAUAAGCAUGAUAUUGUCAAACCAUCUUUGUAUAUCAAUUUAUUUUUUUAAGACUACAAGUAAUAAUCUCUCUACAAAAAAUGAUCAUUUAAGGCUCCUCCUCCCGCAAAAUACCGUAAUAAUCUGAACCAAUUUUUAUAUUAAAUAUGACACUUUCUGAGCAGAAAAAAACAAUCUACAAGAUUAUGAGAAAUGAUAUGGUUUUUCUGAAAACCUAUUUUAAUUUAAAUAAGUGAAGAAAAAAAUCUCAAAGGUACCCCUAUUUCUUUCAGUUGUAUCCUUAUUACUACUGCAACUUUUAUCGAAAAUAAAUGAAACUUUACGAUCUUUCUCACAAAACACAUUUCCCAUACAAAUCCACUAAUCUGGCAGUCCCAACAAUCUGGCAAAGGGGGAAAAAUUCGGUAUUCGAUUACCGAGCACCUACUGUAUGUGUAUUGAUCCUGUGUGUUGCACAAUAUAUGUAUGUGGUUUCACUGGUUGUUUCUAUUUGUACUUUACUGUACAGUCAAAUUAUUAAGUAUCAACACGGACAAAGUGCCAAAAAUAUGUAUACACUACUUUAAUGUAUAGGCAAUAAGGUCAUGUAUUUUUGACACUUUGUCCUGUGACUGUACCAUGUUAUUAAAAAAGUAGGUUUCAUUCAAAAGAAAACUGCAUUAAUUAGUAAAUUAUUAAUUUUAUUUUUGUAUUCUGUUAAAUAUUUACAUAGCCUAUAUAAUAGUCUACAUUAUAUUAAUAAAAUAUGAAACUUAA